CUUAUUGUUAUUUGAUUUCUUACCAAGAAUGACUCAAGUUGUGUUUACCCAUAAUCGAGAUCAAGAUCUCAAUGAUCUUACUCCAUUACAAUUACCCUGUCCUAGAUCUGGAAAAUGGAUCACCUAUUUGUACAAUGACAAACAUGAAUUGUUCGAAUUACAGCAAGUUACAGGACCAGGAAGAAAAACAUGCUGGAUGAUCGACAAUACUAUUCACAAGAAUGGAAAAUUUAGACUUUUGACACCAAUGGACCCAUUGUUUAUCGCCCUUCCACUAUUGGAACAAGCUCGCGAGAAUACUAGCAAUAGUGGCAACUUUCGUAAACUCGAUGACAUAUUUAGCAGUGAAAACAUUUUGAACGACAUUGAUGAGGAUAUAAAAAUGACAGUGAAAAAUACUGGGCUUCAUCAAUUGAGUGAUAUUUCUGGUUUAAAAGAAGGAAUCAAACAUUUAUGUGAUACUCAAGAUGUUGGAGAAGGUGCCUUUUUUGUUUAUCGCUUCAACGAUCAAAAAGCUCUUGAUUGGUUACGUAAGAAAGUAGAUGUGCUUGUUGAUAAUUUUUCAACAAUACCUGUGCUUCUUGAUGCUGUUGAAGAUGAAUUAGAAUCAGUAAACGAUAAAACAGAUAAAACGAGUGUUUUCCAAAGGGAAUCCAUCAAUAUACUAGCAAGAUAUUUGAAACAAGCAUGGCGUCAAAAACUGUUGGAUAGUUACAAUUUAAUAGAAGAAGUUAAAGAAGUCGAGCAGUACACAGCACAGGACUCCACUCACCAAUCUCCAUCAGCAUUUUUUAAAUCUGCUUCAACAAAGACAGAAGUUGUUGUUCCUCCCAAGAAAACCAAAAAGUCUGAGGACCAAAGAAAAGCAGCAAAAAAUACUCGUCCUUUAACAAGUUUUUUUACGAAACUCUGAUUAUGAUAUUUAUUUUUGCAAAACCAAACUCUUAAUUGUGAAAUGAAAUAAAGAGUCAUGAAUUUACACUAU